UACCGAGCCCCAUGUAACUUCCCUCAAUGCUGCUGACUCGAGCCUCCUUCCAAAGCAAGCUUUGUUGAAAACACUGUACGAUAGUAUGGCAGAGGCCGGGCAAUUUGAGAACCUGGCUGCGUCCGACGGAGUACAGUGACUUUGAAAGACCCACUCCGCAACCACUUGAACAGCGUGGAGUCGGGGAAGACGCGCUGAUAUGGAAGCCAGCUGAAGCCAUAGCGUUGGUGCUGGCACCAGGAGGCGGCCCGCAGAAAGAGCUAGCUAGCCAGGUACACAUCGUGAAAGGCGCGGGCCUGAGGAGGGCGCACGAGCCAACGAAGGGGUAGACGAAAGGAGAAAGCAGGACCAGAGAUUCCUCUGAUUGCUGCUGAUCUAAUUCAGAACCUUCCCUUGGCACAAAGCGCCUCCCAAUGUCACUCAACACGUCGUCCCCAGUCUUGGACUGCCGGCUGGCACAACUUUCACAUGUUGUGCGCUCAUUCAAGCACCGCUCGAGCCAAUAUCAGCUCGUAUUCUUAAGCUGGAGCACAAAGGAGAAAGCGUGCCUCAUCCUAAACAAGGUCGACAAGAAAGCAGAGACGGAUCAAUGACAUAAAAGGUGACAUGUUCUACAGCCUAUAAGUCAUGGGAGGACACGGCGGCCUUAACAUCUUGCCUCAAAAGAGUUGGCAUGUGUACAACUAUGAAGCGAGGGAGAAGGUCAGGCGUGACGAGGAAGCGCAUGCUGCAGAGGAGCAGAAUCAACGGGACCGGCAACUGCAGGUUGAAGGAGAGCUGCGUCGAAGGAAGCUGCUUGACAAAGCGAAAAAGAGGCAUCGAAACGAGGACAACCUGACGGGAGAGCCUGCCCGUUUGGCCGCCAACUCCGAACCUGCGGCCCCCCAAAGCAAUGCGCUGCAGACAGCGCAACCUCAAGAGCAUAUCAACCUUUUUGAGGGGGUGACUCCGCCUGAGCCGGUGAAGAAGGGCAGCAGGACGGCGGUGGGGAGCUUGAAGGCAGAGGCGGAAGGGGCUGCAGAAGAUGCGAAGCACCGCCUGGGGUAUGGCUGCGUGUCCGGGGUUGACGGAGUGGCAAAGCCCUGGUAUCUGAAGAAGUCAGGGCUGGAACAAGAUACACCAGAGAAGCGGGAAGAGAAGUCAGUAGAGAAACCACGAAAAGAUGCUGAAAGACCUCCAGCCAAGAGCGGCAAGAAAACCAUUGAACAGCUUCGGGCAGAGCGGGUGCAACGGGAGAAUGCGGAAAAAGAACGUCAGAGGCGGUUGAUGCUUGGAAGAAGCACACCAGGAGCUCAGUCGCUGACUUCUAAGGAGGUAGCAACAGGUGGAGUUCAACAGAGGUAUAAUUCGGCCUUUGGGUAUGGCAGAUAGAUUGUACAUCGUUUUUCGUCGUUUGCUCUUUCAAAAGGUAUGUCCAGUUUAAGGACAGAGAACAUGCAGGCAGGACGUAACACAGGCUUAGAGCUGUUAGAUUUGAUGCGACAGGAUAAUUGGUCAUCCCAGGAGUAGGCUUUUUUCAUAGUUACAAAGAGGAUUUUGAAGACGCGCAAGUUAGUUGUACAGAGAUGAUCUAAACAUUCACAUAUUGACCUUUAAACAUAGAUUUGGUGGAUCUUCAAGACUAUACAUGCCGCUGCGUAUACCAAAGUUCAUGUCCGGCUGUCAGUGGAACCAA